AUGCACCACAUCAUUAGUGACGUACAGUGGGAGGCGUGUGACCUGUCAGAGUUUGACUGUGGUGCAGGGGUGUGUAUUCCUGCCUACAAACAGUGUAACUUAGUGGUAGACUGUCCAGAUGGUGCGGAACAUUCGGACGAGGACAAAGAUUUUUGUGGAUCACUGCCAGAGGAAUUGAUGUGUUCAUUUGAAAAUACUAUGUGUGGAUGGCACAAUACUAAAAACCGUAAAUGUGGAAGGCCCAAUGUUGGGAACAGCACAAGAUUGGCCUGGAUACACCAUAAGGGUUUUGUUAACACGAAUCUCCCAGGCUUUAAGUGGUUGGACUGUGCAGUCCUGGAGAGCUCAACCUACAUCCAGCCUUCUGCCCAGGUGUUUGAUUCCAGCUCACCGUAUUUAAACAUGUGCAAGGUCAGGUUUUUCCUCCGUAAAUCGUCCACACCCCUGAAAUUAGUGAUGAAUACAUUUUGUGAUGAAGGGUCUACAGUGCUAGCACAUUUCAACGAUACAAUAAAUUACUGGGAAAAUAUAGUUGUACCUCUCAAAGACCCCAAGGGAAGCUUCAAUUUACAGUGGAUUGUCACUAGUACUCGCUACAGUCCUUUCCAUAAAUUGGACAUACAGAUUACAAACAUAUCACUCAGUGUAGAGUGCUUCAGUAUACAGGAAAAGGCUGUUGGCGGAAACAUUACUACAGAUAAAGGCACAUGUGAUACACUACCAACCACGCUUCCUCUGUCAGAUACUACACAAGAAAACCAAGGUGAGUGA